CCAAGACAAAAUGCCUUAGGACCCAUGAAAAUCGUAAUGCUGCCUGGCCUUAAAAAUGUCCUUCGUUAAAUUAUUUUGAGUGACUUCUCAGAUAUGCCAGAUCCCACAUUUUGUCAGCCAUGGGAAGUCUCCCCUCUUUGGAAGGCAUUCUGUUUCUUUUACUAGAUUCUUCUAGAAAGGUGAUAUAUUUUUUAGAAAUUUUGGUUACUUUACCCCAAAGCUAAUUUUUUAAUGAGGAGAAGGAAGGUAAGAGAAGAUGAGCCCUUCCUGCGAGGUACUGCCAGCCUACAAUAAAACGCAGUCUCCCAGGCUCAAUUUAGCCGGGCCAGGGGCAGAGACCGUGGCACCAUUUGCUCGCGUUAUUCCACGGCCGUCCAGCAGAGGGCGGCGGGCUCUCAGCAUCCGGACUGCUCGCUCCCAGCACCGCAAGGACCUUAUCCCUAUUUGCCCCAAGGUCAUAGCUCCUAACCGAGCUUGCCAAGCCCGGGCCAGGGACGCCAGAGUGAGUCUUCGGAGAUGGAAACCCCGCGCGAGUGGGGUCGAUAAGGCGGGCAGGAGGUCUCCGGGGCCAGGGAUGCCAUCACGAUGGGGACAGGUGAUGAAAGGCACCGGGGGCCCGGGUCCCCAGCCGUCCCCGCCGUCACUAGACUCCGCGCCCUGGAGGGGGAUGGGAUGCGCGUAGACACUCUGCAGCCCCAGGUGGACCGAGGAGCCCGGGAGCUACCGCCGCCGCCGCCACCACCACAUCGCCCCGAGAGCUCAGGACCUCCCUGCCCGCCCAGGAACCUAGGGCCCGGACCGCCGGCCACCGGAGCCGGACAGCCGGAGGGGAGCUCUCAAGCCCGGCCGAGCGCCCUCCGAGAGCGCGAUUUCCCCGCCCUCGGAGCCUCGCCUGCCGGGCCCGCCCCGAGAGCUAGAUCACCUCCGCCCGUCACCUCCGCCCCUGGCCGCCCAGGUCCACCCAGGGGCCCCUCCCCCAGCCGCCCCCGAGCACCAAGUUGGCGGGAGUCUAUAAAAGCCGGUGACCGCGCGACCCGUGGACACUUAGUGUAG